GGGGCCGGGAGCCUGCCCGCCACGCCCCCGGGAGUGUUGGCGCCCGCUCGUCGCCACAGGGCACCCGGGCACCGGAGACCAUGGGGAAGCUGAUGGUGCUGACCCUGCUUGGGGCCGGCCUGGCCCUAAUCGGGGAGAGAUUAGUGGCGCUUAGACAACGAACUAAUGCAUCUCGCGAAGUGGAGCCAGUGGAACCCCAGAGCUGCCACCUUAUUGAGGGACUUGAAAAUGGCUCUGAAGAUAUUGAUAUACUUCCUAGUGGGCUGGCUUUUAUCUCCAGCGGAUUAAAAUAUCCAGGUAUGCCAAGCUUUGCACCAGACGAGCCAGGACAAAUCUUCUUGAUGGAUCUGAAUGAGCAAAACCCAAGGGCACAGGCACUAAACAUCAGUGAUGGUUUCGACAAAGCAUCAUUUAAUCCACACGGAAUCAGUACUUUCAUCGAUGAAGACCAUACUGUGUAUCUUUACGUCGUGAAUCAUCCCCACAUGAAGUCCACGGUAGAGAAAUUUAAAUUUGAGGAACAACAACGUUCUCUUGUACACCUGAAAACUAUAAAACAUGAACUUCUUAAAAGCCUGAAUGACAUUGUGGUUCUUGGACCAGAGCAGUUUUAUGCCACGAGAGACCACUACUUUACCAACUUCUUCUUGGUACUAUUAGAGAUUAUCAUGGAUCUUCGUUGGACUUAUGUUGUUUUCUACAGUCCAACAGAGGUCAAAGUGGUAGCCAAAGGAUUUAGUUCUGCCAAUGGGAUCACAGUCUCACUGGACAAAAAGUAUAUCUAUGCAGCUGAUGUAACUGCUCAGAACAUUCAUGUACUGAAAAAACACGAGAACUGGGAUUUAACUCAAGUGAAGGUAAUCCAUCUGGGCACCUUAGUGGAUAACUUAACUGAGGAUCCGGACACGGGAGAUAUUUGGGCAGGAUGCCACCCUAAUGGCAUGAAGCUGCUGAUCUAUAACCCUGAGGAUCCUCCAGGGUCCGAAGUGCUUCGCAUCCGGAAUGUUUUGUCUGAGAAGCCUAAAAUAAGCACCGAGUAUGCCAAUAAUGGCUCUGUGCUUCAGGGAAGCUCCGUGGCUUCUGCGUACCACGGGAAACUUCUCAUAGGCACAGUAUUUCACAAAGCUCUGUACUGUUUGCUCUAGACUCCAGACAUUCCAGAAAGUCUUGUCAAUCAAUGAAAGACAUAAUUGCAAGCAGCAAAAUAAAUGUGUUUAUUUGGGGUCUUAGGGAUUGCAACGUGGGAGACACAGAUUUGACCAGAAUUCAAAGUGUGCUCCAGAGAGACAAAGGAGGUUAGAGUUUUUAAAGUGGAAAGAGGGGAUUUACGUAAGUUGUUUGAAGAAAAGGUGCUUGGUGUUGGUGUAGCUACAGUUACACUGGUCUCUGUGUGAUUGUGUUAGGGUGAGGCAGAAAGUCCGUUUAUGUCCGUUUUAACACCUGGCAGAUGGCUCGGCUUUUAGCUGAGUUCAGCAAAAAUUCUGAGAAUUUGAUAGAGAACAUGUGCAUAAGCCCCACCUCGAUGUCCUCCUGGCUCCAUUUUAAAUAACUCUCGUAGUAAUGGUCACUCAAUUUUAUUGUCUCUGUUGUAAAUCUACAUGUCUGGUAAAAAUAAACCUGUAAUUAGGGGAACCUGGGUGGCUUAGUCGGUGAAGCAUCUGCCUUCCCAGGGUCCUGGGAUCGAACCCCACAUCGGGCUCCCUACUCAGUGGGGAGUCUGUUUCUCUCUCUUUCUGCCUCUUCCCCAGCUUGUGCUCUCUCUCCGUCCAUCUCUCUCUCACACUCUCUCUCACAAAUAAAAAAAUAAAAUCUUUUAAAAAAUUACCCGUAAUUAUAUGAUAAGUGGAAUCGUACAUAAGUGACAAACACCAAUAAUAGUAUGCCCGGCUUUUCUUGGUGAAGAAGCCUAGCAAUUAAGUAAUAUCCACCAAGUCGUAAGUCAAGUUAGUGACAGUCCAGUAAGAAGCCAUACUUCUCAAUGCUUUUUGUCCAGUAUCCGCAAUAUUCUUUCUCCAGUAAGAUGUGUAAGCUGUGGUAUCCAGCUCACCCAGGGCUCCUCGCCAACCGUGAAGCAAAACUACUUCCUACAACGGAUGACCUGAGCCUACUGCAGUCCCGAUCAGGAGCAAAGCUCAAAUACUGACAGUUCCCCUUCUCUUCCUGUGGUUGUGCUAGGCCCCAAACUGCCAGUCAAGUGCCUAGGCCAUGGAAAAAAGCAAGAGCCGGCACCAUGAAACUGCCCAAAGCCUCCUUAAACUUGCAGUCUCUCCAGUACACACAGGAAAUAGGCUCUGGAAAAUAUGAGGAGACAGGCCUCACUGGGCUGAUCUGUUCCCUUGUAACAGGUGUUUCUGUGUAGUGCGAUCUGUGUCUGGAGUACUCUAAUCAACUUACCUCUGAACUACAGGAUGCAGCCGUAGGGCUGUGACCAACUACUUCCAACUUUCCCUGUGAUUAAUUCAAUACACACCCUAUUAAUUAACAUCCCACAGACUUCAAACCAAGGAAUCAGAAAUAAAUAAUAUGGUUCUGGUUUCAAGUCCUGUCUUAAGGACCAACUCAACCUUAGUUUGAUGAGAAUGAAUAGAAAUGUCCCUUUUCCGGUCAAAAACCAGGACAACCUUUAGCAAGUCACUAAUGGGAGUCAGUCUGCCCAAGCACCUCACCCUCUUCUCCUCUCAUGACUUCUGCUGGGGAGAAGUUAGUUGAUUUUUUUCCCCUUUCCUCUGGGGAUGGGGAAUUGAGGAAGCUUCUUUAUUUCCUAAAGAUCUUUGCUCAAUUAGAUCUAAGUUUUGCUGAAAAGUUUUGUAUCAGGGUAAAAUUCUACUAUGUAGCCCAUGCAACCCUUUCUGAUUUAGACAAUAAGACUAUAGUUUCCAUUGACACAGGGGAGGAAUGACCCAGCAGAAUGUUCUAGUCAGUUCUUAGAUUUUAAGUUUCAAAAGACUAAUCAUCAGAGAGAUACAGGAAAAAAAAAAAA